AUGAGUCGACGAAACAAAAGUUGCAAAAGCAGUGAAGAUACCUGCCAUGACCUACAAGCCAAUCAUGCGCCGUUUCAACGGCCGGAGCUAGUUGGUAGGACAAUGGAUCUCACUCUGUUCACGGUCUGUAGAGCAAUUGAUGUAAUUGCUUGCAUCGCUUGGGAUCGUUGGUCCCGUCGCCGCAAAGCUCAAAAUCACUGGACAGUGGUCGAACGCCUAGCUCCCAGAGUGGCUGACGCUGGAAUUUUUGCCAUGAGUUCUGCAAUCAUUAUGUGGGCGUGGUUCUAUGCUCCCGAAAGAUUGCCCCGAACAUAUGAAAAUUGGAUUGGGGAGGUCGCCCAGGUAGACUCACGCUUGAUCGAAGCCCUCCGCCGUGUCCGUCGUGGUGUCUUCAUCUACGGCAAGGAUACAAACCAAGGACAUCUUCUGGAAUCUAUGUGCAGAGACUUUGGUUGGCCUGAGAAAUGGGGAGACCCAUCAAAAACCAUACCUAUCCCGUGCGAGAUGGUACACAUGGGCUGCGGCCCUAAUUGCGAAAAGCACGCGGUGUCUCGUUUUGCUCGAACUUUCAAGUUCGCCUGUGCAACCUACAUCCCUCUGCAGGUGGUUCUGCGCCUGCGGGGAAUAAAGUCUUCUGCUGCAUUGGGCCGCGCCAUAUCGGAUGCCGCCCAGUCAUCUGCAUUCCUUGCCUCCUUCGUGGCCCUGUUUUAUUAUUCUGUCUGCCUUGCUCGAACCCGGUUAGGCCCCAAGAUCUUUGACCAGAAGUCCGUCACCCCGCAAAUGUGGGACGCUGGCCUUUGCGUCGGCUCAGGAUGCCUCAUGUGUGGAUGGAGCAUUCUGGUGGAGAAAGCACGGAAGAGACAGGAGUUGGCGCUAUUUGUGGCACCUCGAGCUGCGGCCACGGUGUUGCCACGGUUGUAUGAUAAGAAAGUAUGUCCCAAGCUUCGCAUUGCCCGAAUACAGAUGGUUACACCCACCAGCCAUAUCCUAUCUUGCAUGCAUCCACUCGAUGUACAGCCUAUUGCCAAUCUUUUUAGUAUCAUGGGAUGCUAA